CGACGUUCCAUCCUCCAGCAAUCAAAACUUGAUAGAAUUGAGACAGUCAGACUCCUAGUUCCAAGGUCGUCAUUUUCCUGUGCCGAGUACGUCUCGUUGACAAUUGUAUCACACCAUCACAUAGAUACUAUCAUACCAAUCAAGAAAGUCUUCAUCCAGAUACACGACAUCACGCAAACGGCUCUAGAAUACAAUGGCAAAUCCAACACCUCCAGUUGGUAAUACGCCACCACGAAAACACUUCUUCCAAAAUCUUAAACUAUGGCAUCUGCCCAUGCGCGAGCGGGUGUUGGCGCUGCACAAAGAAAUCACACGCGAUGACGGAUACAGAGGAUUCGACACCAUCUCGCUAGAAGGCACCAAUCUCACACUGGUAGAAUGCGAGUCCAACCGGACUGUCUGGGAGAUGGAUAUCCCUGCACACGUGUGCAACAAGUCUGGAAACCUACACGGUGGCGCCGCUGCCACCAUCCUCGACAACCUGACCUCGACUGCACUCGUCACCAUUGCCAGAGAGGGCUUCUUGGACUCUGGCCACGUCAGCCGUACCAUCACCAUGAGCUAUCUGCGUCCUGUGCCUCUGGGUAGCAAAGCAAGGAUCGAAUGCGAUGUCCAGGCCGCCGGCAAGAACACUGCCAAUCUUCUGGGCAAGAUUAUUGUCAAUGGUAAAUUGGCCGUCACCUGCGUUCACGACAAGGCUGUCUUUUCCAUCAAGCCGGCCGCCAAAUUGUGAUAUCAUCAAGAAGUAGGGCCGUUUCCCGAGUGGCAUGAGACGUUUUGGUGAUUCAUGUAUUGCGAGAUAUAUACAUAGACUCUCAUCCGAAUUAGAGACUUAGACAUCCAUACAUCACUUUUUUCUACAUCCAAGGGGGUUUUGUGAUAGGAACCUGGAAGAUAUUGUGG